UUUGGCCAGUGAGUGAAUUCCAUACUCCAGCAUGGGGAAUAUUUUCGCAAACCUCUUCAAAGGCCUUUUUGGCAAAAAGGAAAUGCGCAUACUUAUGGUCGGCCUGGAUGCUGCAGGAAAGACUACUAUUUUGUACAAAUUAAAACUUGGUGAAAUAGUAACUACCAUCCCUACUAUAGGUUUCAACGUAGAAACAGUAGAAUACAAGAACAUUAGCUUCACAGUAUGGGAUGUAGGUGGCCAGGAUAAGAUCAGACCACUCUGGCGCCAUUAUUUCCAGAAUACUCAAGGUUUGAUCUUUGUGGUUGACAGCAACGACAGAGAACGAGUCAACGAGGCUCGAGAAGAACUCAUGAGAAUGUUGGCGGAAGACGAGCUCAGAGAUGCUGUCCUUUUAGUGUUUGCUAACAAACAGGAUCUGCCGAAUGCGAUGAAUGCAGCAGAGAUCACAGACAAACUAGGACUGCAUUCUCUCCGCCACAGGAACUGGUACAUCCAAGCCACCUGCGCCACUAGCGGGGACGGUCUCUAUGAAGGACUGGACUGGUUGUCCAAUCAGCUCCGAAAUCAGAAAUGAAGCCCUAAGAAUUCUUCCUCUCUCUCUCCCCCCCCUCUCUCCCCCUCCCCUCCGUAUCUCCUCUUCCUCCACCCCUUCGCUUUACUCUAACGUGGCAAACCAUGCUACUUUGUGGGAUUGAGUGCCGGAAGCUGUUUUCCUCUCUCUUUGUCACCGGACGUCCUUCACCACGCUGUCCGUGUGGCAAAUCCAAGCCUGAAAACAGUUAGGGUUCUUAUUUAAUGUAAAUAGUUCUCAUUUCCAGUGAGACAAUUUCUGGUACUCCUAUGCAAUAUUACUCAGCUUUUUUUUUAUUGUAAAGAAAAUCGACUCGCUGUUUAGUACUGGGAAAGGGGGACUGAGAGCGGGUUUGAGAGGAAGGGUUUCCAGUGGAACCGCUAGAGCCGAGUUACGACCCCUCGCGGCUGGUGAGGUCUGUGCAGAGGCCUGGUUUGGCGGCGGCUUCUGUGGUUCUUUUUCUUUAGCCUCGAGGUGUCAGAUCAUUUAAUAAAGUGAAGACAUUUGAACGAAAUCUGUCCGUCGUUCUGCCACAACUCGAAUACCAGCAACUUAAUAUCUUUCAAAAGAGUCACAGAACGAGGGGACGUUCUGGAUCUUUUCUGUGCUUGACAACUUUUUGUGUGCGUAUUAACAUGAGCAUGAGGCCCUCUUCCGUUAGAGCUAGAGUAAGGAAUCGGCUCGCAGACAGACACCGCAGUCCCGUGGCUCUCUUGGAGUCGGGCAGGAAUGGCCCUGUCGCAUCCUGUUGGGGUGUCACCUCCAUCUGUUCGGUUUUGGGUUCUCUCCCCCCCCCCCCGAUGUUUUGGGCUUUUCUUGCGCAAAACUCCUCCACAAAAGGCAGAAUUCUUUCCACAGAGCACAGCAGUCCGUUAAGCAGUUCUAAGCCCUGCCGUCAGCAAGUACUGUACUUGAGUGAGUAACGCCAUCCCGAUCAUCUAAUGUAGCGUCUAGGGGGGGGAAGUAAAGUAAAAAGCAUGAGAGCGUGGAGUUUCAUUCCAUAAUAGAAGUAUUCGAUGCCGUUUUUGGAACCAUCUCCCAUCUGUAUAUGUGUGAAAACCCCUUCGCCAUCCCUCAUACUGCAAGGUUCAGAUUUGCCAUCAAGAAAGACCUCUUUAACUUUUUUUUUUCUUUUGUAUUUUGAUAAAAACACUGAAGAAGCUGGAGCUGUUUAAACUUUAAACUUGAGGAACUAUCAGAACUGGUUUGUUUAGUGUCGUGGGGGGGGGAAUCUUAUUUGCUUUCAAAACACAGUUCGUAAUCGACUGUUUUGUAUACUUGUUUUCAGUUUUCAUUUCGACAAGACGAGCACUGUAAUUAAAAAGCUAUUAGAAUAAAAAUCUCUUAACUAUUUCAUGACGUUUUCACGCUUUGCCUGUCCAUCUUGCCAGGAUCGGAACCAAAUACAGAUUGAAUAA